AAAAAUAGAGAGGGAGAGCAAGAGAGAGAGAAAAGUUGUCACAGCUGCAGCGAAGCGAUGUCGCACAGUGGGCAUUUUGGUUGAGUGGGUCGCGUCAUGCAUAUCAAUUAAUUAGCCCAGGUUGUCACCAGUUGCCCAGUUGAUGGUGCGUGUUUCAUUUGGCUGCUUGGCUUGGCAAGAUUGAGUAAUUCGGCAAUGUGAUUACAACAAAAUACAAGAGUGGAAAACAGAUGGCAAAUCGUUGGGACAACUGUCCACAAUACAAUACUACUGGCCGAAUUUAUUCAAAUCAGUUGAAUUUCGUGUGAGGAAGCGAGUAGGUGCUUUUGCUGCUAGUCUUGACCAGGUUCACAUCAAUUAGCUAAAUUCAAAGCAAUUGCAAUGGGCAAAUACGUCUUAAUUGCAGUCGCAUUAAUGUGCCUGCAAAUACCGGCGUCGCGUGCAACGCUUUACGAGGGCUUUGACUUCUCCAACGUCGAUCUGGUGAACUUUGAAUACUUUAAGAAUCUCGCAUCGCAGGAUCCACGCACAGGAGCUCAAGCCAAUCCCAUAUUGGUGCACUUUCAGAAGAAGAAAGCCGUAUUGGAUUACAUAGAGCGUCUGUUUCUGGGUAAUUCGCCGUUCCAACAGCCCAGCGAAAUUCCCUUCGAUCCACACUUUGGACGCGCCUGGCGUCCAACUUACGAACGAAAAUUUGGACGGCGCGGCGAGCGUUUAAUCGCGGCCCUCGGCUCUGGUUACUCGCUUAAGCAAUUGCGACACUUUGGUGCCAUUCCCUACGAAUAUGGCACAAGUUACUAUCGAAGUUGA